GAAUUAAAUGAAAGUUGAGUUAGGUGAUUACCCCCAAACAUCCGCCCACCUUUAAAUUCCCCCUACCCCAUUCCUCUUUCUAAAUACUACAUAACACACUCACCAAAGCUCAAAUUCUACAUUUCCGCUAGAGAUUGAUUUCUGCAAAUGGGAGAGGAAGAGAAGAAACCGGAGGAGCCCAAGCCGGCGCCCGAGGAGCCGCCCAAGCCAGCCGUGGAUGCCCCCAAGGAGCAGCCGCCGCCGCCCCCUCCGCAGGAAAUCGUCCUCAAAGUUUACAUGCAUUGUGAGGGCUGCGCUCGGAAAGUCCGCCGCUGCCUCAAAGGAUUCGAUGGAGUGGAGGAUGUGAUGACGGAUUGUAGGACGAGUAAAGUGGUGGUGAAGGGAGAGAAAGCAGAUCCGGUCAAGGUUUUGGAGAGGGUUCAGCGGAAGAGCCACCGCCAAGUGGAGCUCAUCUCGCCAAUUCCGCCGCCUCCUGCGCCCGAGGAAGCCAAGAAGCCUGAGGAGAAAGAGCCGCCCAAGCCUGAACUCAUGAAAGAGGAGCCGCCUGUGAUUACAGUGGUGUUGGGAGUGUACAUGCAUUGUGAGGCCUGUGCUCAAGAGCUCAAAAAGAGAAUCCUAAGAAUGAAAGGAGUGGAGAGUGUAGAGCCAGACAUGAAGAGCUCACAAGUGACAGUGAAAGGAGUGUUGGAUGCGGAGAAGCUGACGGAUUACGUGCACAAGAGAACCGGGAAGCACGCCACCGUCGUGAAAGUGGAACCGGAGGCGAAGAAAGAGGAGGAGAAGAAAGAAGAGAAGAAACCAGAGGAAGCGGAGAAGGAAGGCAAGAAAGAAGAAGGAGGAGAGAAAGAGAAGAAGGAAGAAGGCGGUGGAGAAGCGGCAGCAAAGACGGAGGCAGCUCCGGCGGUGGAGGGGGAAGAGACGAAGGUGGUGGAAUUGAAGAAGAACGAGAUGCAGAUGCAGUACUAUUACAACCCAAACGACUACUACUACUACAACUACGAGCAGCAGCAGGCGCCGCAGCAGAGAUAUAUGCAGGAAUACCAGCUUGAAUAUCCACCGCCGCAGAUGUUUAGCGAUGAGAAUCCGAAUGCAGCAUGUAGUGUGAUGUGAUACAGGGGUAUUAUCGGGAAUUCAACUUAUAGUGGUGGCCACAUGGGUAUACUGUCCCAUCUUAAUAUGUUGUUCUCUCUCUUCAUGUGGCCAUGUCUCUCUGCCCUCUAAAUCUACAUAACAUACCCCCCUCCCUCUCUACAAUUCUUACUUUUAACUUUCUUUAAUCUUUAUUACAUACCCAUCAAUCAAUACUACUACUACUACUAUUACUACUAUACAAUAUAAUAUACUUAAACAGUUUAACCUA